GCAGACGGAGCAGCUGAGGAUGGAGCAGAGGGACAAGAAAGCGGCUGCCUCACAUCUCAUCGUCUCACCUCGCUCGUGCAAUUAAGGAGCUUCUUUUAAUAUACACCGAGGCUUCUUCCUCACCUCCCUCCCUUCUUCUCCCUUUUUUUCUUUUUUGUUUUCUGUUAAUUUCGCCGCUGACAUCUGCUCACCGGUCCACUCCUCCAUCUGUCAACACACCGCCGGCGUCGCCUAUGUGUCAGUGGACGGAAAGAAAAUCCCGGUAAAGACAGAUAAACAGAAUUUCCCGCGAGGUUUCACACCUUCUGCUGGAAGUGCCAGGUCGCUGGUAUGGACGAAGACAAUCACGUCCCCGAGGAUCUGUCCGUGGAGGAGAGGGAUGAGCUGUCGAACAUCAGGCGGAGGAAGAGAGAGCUGCUCGAUGACAUAGAGAGGUUGAAGUUUGAGAUAGCAGAGGUGAUGACGGAGAUCGAGCAACUGACAUGCGUCGGAGAAAGUAAAACUUCCCAGAGAAACAAACAGAUCGCUAUGGGCAGGAAGAAAUUCAACAUGGAUCCUAAAAAGGGAAUACAGUUCCUGCUGGAGAACGACCUUCUCCAGCACACUCCAGAAGACAUCGCUCAGUUCCUCUACAAAGGCGAGGGCCUCAACAAGACCGUCAUCGGGGACUACUUAGGCGAGCGGGACGACUUCAACAUCAAGGUGCUUCAGGCUUUUGUGGAGCUGCACGAAUUUGCAGACCUAAACCUCGUCCAAGCGCUACGGCAGUUCCUGUGGAGUUUCCGCCUGCCCGGCGAGGCGCAGAAGAUCGACCGUAUGAUGGAGGCCUUUGCUUCGCGGUACUGUCAGUGCAACCCUGGAGUUUUCCAGUCGACAGACACCUGCUAUGUGCUGUCGUUCGCCAUCAUCAUGCUGAACACCAGCCUGCAUAACCCUAACGUCAGAGACAAGCCCCCUGUGGAGCGCUUUAUCUCCAUGAACAGGGGGAUCAAUGAAGGGGGAGAUCUGCCAGAGGAGCUUCUCAGGAAUCUUUACGACAGCAUCAAAAACGAGCCCUUCAAAAUCCCAGAGGACGACGGGAACGAUCUGACGCACACCUUCUUCAACCCCGACAGGGAAGGCUGGCUCUUGAAGCUCGGCGGCCGAGUGAAGACGUGGAAGAGGAGGUGGUUUAUUCUGACUGACAACUGCCUCUAUUACUUUGAAUACACAACAGAUAAAGAGCCUCGUGGGAUUAUACCUCUGGAAAAUCUUAGUAUCAGAGAAGUGGAUGAGCCGAGAAAACCUAACUGCUUUGAGCUCUACAACCCCAACCAUAAAGGUCAGGUAAUCAAGGCCUGCAAAACGGAGGCGGAUGGACGCGUCGUCGAGGGAAACCACGUAGUGUACAGGAUAUCUGCCCCCACCCCGGAGGAGAAAGAAGAGUGGAUCAAAUCCAUCAAAGCAAGCAUCAGCAGGGAUCCUUUCUACGACAUGCUGGCCACCAGGAAGAGGAGGAUAGCCAACAAGAAAUGAUGAUGACUCACCCUCACUUACGUCAAGUGUCAGCAGCAUUUCUGUCAUCAGAGGAAUCCUUGUGUGUAUGUGUGUGUGUGUUUAAGUCUCAAAGGUGUCGAUUCAUACGUUCUCCAUCAGCCCUGCGGGACAUGCAGCAAAACAUAUGGGACUAACGUGGAUCAUCCCUACUUCUGCCUGAAGAUUUGUCUGCACCUCAGUUCUUGGCUGUUGGGAAUUAAAGAUUCAAAUUCAGUCUGCUACAGACAAAAAAUAUAAUAAAAAAAAAGAAAAGAAGGUAAAUUCUCACCGCACUAGACGACAAUGGAGAACAGCAUGAGGACUUCAUGUAACUGGAGAUAGCCAUAGCUGUAAUCAUUAGUCUUUUCAUCAUGCCCUAAUGUGAGACUACCCCCUGCUGGACACAUAAGGUGCUGCAACACAUUGGGAGGAUUUGAAAGCUGAAUGUUCAGCUCCCAGCCACUCAGACCAACUUGUCUGGUCUCAGCGUUUUAUUACCUUCACCUCCUUCGACAACUGCCAACAAUAUUUUGUAGAUAAUUCGCAACUACAGAAAGCCUCAAGCUCAUCAGUCAGCUGGUCUGAUCGAUGUAGCCUUUAAGUGACUGUACCUGUAUAUGCAAACAUACUCAACAUGGACUCGUACACGUCCAUUUACGAUAUUUCCUUUUUAAAGGCAAACCAAGUCGUGUGUAACGAAGCCCGCCAGCAGUAACGCAUUAUAUUAACUCACAUAGUGAAGAUCCACCUCUGCGCUCGUUUCUUUUGUAUUUAUUUUCUCAUCUUUUCACAAAAAAAGCAGCCCUCCCCCCCCCGACUCACAUUAUGCAUGUAUAGUAUAUAAUUUACAUACUGUUUUGUUUUUUCUGUAUUGUGUUCACGUAGUGUGGAAAUCAUAAUGGCUGUAGCCUUUACCCGUUCAUUGUUUUUUUCAUUUUUAGUUUGACAGCUAACAAGUUUACAAUAGUGGAAGAGGGUCAUUGUGCAGCUUCCCCUCACACUGUUAUUACUGAGGUUCAGAUAGUAUAUGUAAUAUGAAAGAGAAUUAGGACAAACCCUUUCAAAAUAAGAUACUGGAAUUUGCUGGAAUACGUGUGAAUGCUCUAACUGGAAUCUUGAGGACCGUUUUCCCCAGACAGAUCAAACCGCCCCACAAAGCCAAAACUUUCCUCACGGGUGCAGCUUUCAGCUCUAAGCACGGUUUGGCGUUUGUGCGGGAAAACGGCUCUCGAAUACUUUGAUGUACACUUUGAAUAAAAAAUACAUGCUGAUAAGAAAA